AUAUUUUAACCUAUUUUAUUACCUAAACUUGCAACAUUUACCUAUUGAUUUUGAUGGCUUGAUUUUGACUGGUCCCUUGGAGAAACCUAUCUCAGCCACUCUUAUGUACAAGCUAAAUAUGAUAAUUUCACUCCCUGGAGAUUCUUUGAGAGAGAGUCGAGCUUUUUGCAAGCUUGGAUAUCCACACUUCAUAAGAGAUAUUCUGAGCAAUAAACUACAAAAAAGAUUGAUCGAUAUGCAUUUUUAAGCUAAGUACGUAUUACAGCUCAGGGAAUGCGGUCCUGUAACCAUCUGAUACAUCAUACAUCCGACUGAAUCCGAACAUAUCAUUAACAUGUAUACAAUGGGAACAAUGAGGGAACGGAGUUGAUGGUCAGAACAGAAGAAGACACAAAAUUAAGCAACAGAGAAGGAAAAAACUUAUCCUGCUGAGUGACUUAUCAGCUUGCAUUACAUGCCUUCUGAUCCUGGGACUUGAGUUCCCCACAAGAUUGUAUGUAUUUGGAUGAGAAUAUAUGUUUGUUAUCGAGUUGCCAAAUAUCCUUGCAUAGACCAUUUCCCCAAAUAUUCCAAUCACAGGAUCAAAUAAGUUCGCUGUUGUGCUGCCUGGACUGAGCAUGGGUGAAGCUGGAUAACUGCCUUGUUGAGAGUAAUACAUGUGCGAUUGAUGUGAACUGUGAGGAUGAUGAAAUUGCUGUGAAAAUUGUGAGCUACUUCCUGAUCUUGGUGCGUCAACCCCACAAACAGGACCAAGAGGUCUCUUUGGAAUGACUAUACCAAGUUGGGGAGCCUUGCCUUUCGAAUGUUUUGUGGUUAGCCCCCGGCCAUAGAGUGGAAUGAGAGAGGUCUGAGUAACUUCAGCUUUGCAUACAGGACACUGUUUCUGUUUCUGUUCUUCAUUUUCUUCUGAGGAGAUGCUCUGAAAAUGAAGCCAUUUGUAAAUACAGGGCCAGCAAAAUAAGUGACCACAUAGUGUGACUACCGGGUCCUGCACAGAGUCUAGGCAGAUAUUACACUCAAAACCCCCAGAUGGGUUAUCAGAACCUGUUAUUGAAUCUGGUUCAGAUCUCCACUUAAGAGAGUUUUUGUUUCCUCCAGUUAAGUCGUCAUGAGCUACAUCUUCUUCCGGGUCUUGCUCGAUGGCCAUGUGACCUGCUUGACAAGUCCUUUGCUCUGCUGCAGCCUAAAUCUAGAAAACAGACACAAAAGAAAAGAUUCACAAACAUAUAAAAGUUGCUUAGACAG